ACUACAACCAUAUUGACUUCCUUUGUUAAACGCGACCCGCUCCUAAGAUUGGAACCGUAUGAUUUUAAGGGCACGCAUUAAAUGGCACCUGUACAAGAAAUAUCGCAAUGGCCCAAGGUGUCAAAGUUCUGUGUGUCUGCAUGCGCUGCAACUAUAGCAGAACUAGUCACAUUUCCUCUCGAUCUUACAAAAACGAGGCUUCAGAUACAAGGUGAAACUGCUCAACAGAAACUUGGCAAAAGUGGAAGUGGCAAAACUGUGUACAGAGGAAUGCUGAGGACAGCUGUGGGAAUAGUACAAGAAGAGGGACCACUAAAAUUAUGGCAAGGGGCCACACCUGCUAUCUUUAGGCAUAUAGUUUAUUCAGGGGGAAGGAUGCUGGCUUAUGAGCAGUUUAGGGACUCUCCAUUGGGAAGAUCGAAAGAUGGCAGCUUUCCAGUUUGGAAGGCUGCAGUGGGUGGUGUGGUGUCUGGUGCCCUGGGCCAGUUUUUGGCCAGCCCUACUGACCUAGUUAAGGUGCAGAUGCAAAUGGAGGGUAGGAGAAGACUUGAGGGCAAGCCACCAAGAGUUUAUGGGGUUUACCAUGCCUUUGUAAAGAUUGCUUCAGAAGGAGGCAUCCGAGGCCUUUGGGCUGGUUGGGUGCCAAAUGUACAGAGAGCCGCUUUGGUCAACCUAGGAGAUCUUACAACAUACGACAGUGUGAAGCACUUUUUACUAAAAAAUACAUCUAUUAAGGACAACUGUCUUUGUCACGGAUUGGCAAGCACUUGUUCUGGUUUGGUAGCAGCUAUAAUGGGAACACCAGCUGAUGUGGUUAAAACAAGAAUAAUGAAUCAGCCUCGUGAUUCAAAUGGAAGGGGUCUCCUCUACAAGUCAUCCAUAGACUGCCUGGUACAGGCUAUCAAAAAAGAAGGAUUUCUGUCACUUUAUAAAGGCUUCGUACCCACCUGGUUGCGAAUGGCUCCCUGGUCUAUGACGUUUUGGCUAAGCUUUGAGCAAAUCCGACGAGCAGUGGGCAUCAGCUCAUUCUGAACAUCUGAAUCAAAGAAGCUGCACCAGAUGAAUCAUGUCUGUCCAGUUUAUCUGCCUCGCUAAGUGAAAAAGGCAUUGCACACAAGCUGUGGAUGGAGCAACCAGAGAA